CGAUUCGGUUUUCAGUAAGCAGCAGAAGACGACCGCGAAAGAAUGUUGUUGAAUCGGCGAAGAGAUGUGUUCUGGAACGUGAUGGUGGUGCUGUUGGUGAUUUCCGUUGUACAUUGCCAAAGAAAAGAACCUGAAAAACAAGAACAAAAAGAAUUUGAAUGUCCUCAAGGCGUAGGAAAUGGAAAUUUUGCAGAUCCCCAAACAUGUAGAAGAUUUUAUCAAUGCGUCGAUGGUUAUCCUUACGUAAAUAGAUGCCCAUCAGGACUUUAUUUCGAUGAUAUAAGCAAAUUUUGUACUUUUAAAAAUGAAGCAAGAUGCGGGCCAAUUGCUACAACUCCAGCACCUAUAACAGAACCACCCACCGAUUUAGCCACAAAAUGUGAUUUAUCCGAAUGCCAAUUACCAUAUUGUUUCUGUUCAAAAGAUGGAACGAUCAUUCCGGGAGGUUUCGAUGCUGAAGAUACACCACAAAUGAUCCUAUUGACAUUCGACGGAGCGGUUAACUUAAACAAUUACGAUCAUUACAGAAAAGUUUUUAAUAAGAAGCGAUUUAAUCCUAAUGGUUGCGCGAUAAAAGGAACAUUCUUUAUCUCCCACGAAUACAGUAAUUAUCAUAUGAUACAAGAACUAGCCAGUGAAGGACAUGAAAUAGCAACUGAAACAAUUUCAUUGCAACAAGGGUUACAAGAUAAAGGUUACGAAGAAUGGGUUGGAGAAAUGAUUGGGAUGAGAGAAAUUUUAAAACACUUUUCUAAUGUUUCAACAGCUGAUGUAAUCGGGAUGAGAGCCCCGUUUUUAAAACCGGGGAGAAACACUCAAUAUAAAGUUCUUGAAGACUUUGGUUAUGUUUAUGAUAGCUCAAUAGGUGUUCCACCAUCUCCCGUACCAGUUUGGCCUUACACUUUAGAUUAUAAAAUCCCACAUGAAUGUAAAUCGGGAACUUGCCCAUCUAAAACAUACCCAGGUAUCUGGGAAGUACCGUUAAACGCUCAUUACGUUGAAGAUUACGAAGGCGGACAUUGCCCUUAUUUAGAUCAAUGCGUUCUUCACAAUCACGACGCCGAUGACGUCUUGGAAUGGCUUCAAGAAGAUUUUAGUAGAUAUUACGAUCAAAAUAAAGCGCCUUAUAUGAUGCCGUUCCACACCAAUUGGUUUUCGAUUAAAGAAUUAGAACAAGGAUUACAUAAAUUUUUGGAUUGGGUUACAACUUUAGAUAACGUUUGGUUUGUAACUGUAUCGCAAGCUUUAGAAUGGGUUAGAGAACCCCAAAAGAUUAAAGGCAAUAAUUACGAACCUUGGGAUUGCAAAAAGAAUAAUAAUUAUCCCCCGAAAGGGUGCAACAACGCAAGUAAAUGCGCAUUACCUUUCCGAAAAGCCGAUUCUAACUUCACCGAUACGAGAUAUUUGGAAACUUGCGCGGAAUGCCCCAAUCAAUAUCCGUGGUUGGGCGAUGCCGCUGGUACGGGAAUACCAAAUAAGGACAAUUACGUUCCUGAUAAUGUUAGGAAAUAGUAUUUAAUUUUUCUUUAGGUGUUUUCUUUUUAUUUCUCUUUCUUAAAAAUACAAUCUUUAUUCAAUAAGUAAUUUGUUCGUUUAGGUUUCUUAAAUAAUAAGUUAUUUGUUGUUUCAUAUUUUUUAAGUAUGAAUAAAAAAAUUUUAAACAAUUUUA